AUGGCAACUAAGAAAUUAAAUGCAAAAAUUUUACAACUUAAAAAAGAUGUUGAAAAUUUCGGCAAGAAAGGGAAGGCCAUUUCCGAAAACUAUGUACAAACUAGGAUAAAAUUGCUGGAAGAGUUGUGGGAAUCUGUAAACAAAAUUUAUGAUGAUUUUUUAGAAUCUGAUGAGGUUGGUGAAAAGGAUGUGGAUGCUGAUGCUGGGGUAGGAUCGGUAUACGAACAAUUUCGUGAGAAUUAUUGCGUUUUUAGAGCAAAGUUGUUUGAUUCGCUGCAAAGCCUGGGUGGCAGCAGCAGUAGUGUAUCAAAAGUAGUUGCUGAUAAAGAAAAGGAGGUAAGAAAGGGGGAUAUUCAUCUUCCAGCUAUUAAAUUACCUUCUUUUGAUGGCUCCUAUCAAAAUUGGCCAAAUUUUCACGAUUUGUUUGUAUCGCUAGUUGCUAGCAAAGAUUCGCUUUCCGACAUACAAAAAAUGCAUUAUUUAAAAACGAGUUUGACAGGAGAUGCAGAAAAGUUAUUGCUGACUUUGAGUACUGAAAGUCGAAACUAUGCUAAAGGAUGGUCAAUGCUGAAGGAUAGGUAUGAUCACCCUCGCGUUCUUGUAAACAUCCAGUUGAAUACACUGUUCAACCUGCCGUCGUUAACUCAGGAGCGUGUGGAGUCGAUCAAAGAUCUUCUUUACACUUCGACACAAGUGAUCCACAGCCUUGCAAAUCUAAAAAUUGAAGUUGAGCAUUUAGAUCCCAUACUAAUAUUUCUGCUAGUACGAAAAUUACCUGGGAAAACUCAACAGAUGUGGGAGGAGAAGUUGAACGAUCGAGAAAAUCCGAAGCAGUUGCCAACUUUCCAGGAAUUUACAUCCUUCCUUGAGACAAGGUUCCGGACACUGGAAGCAGUCGAUCAGCAGCACGGUCAGAGCUCAUCAAACACAUCACGGAGUUCUUCUCACAAAAAUUCGUUCAUCGCUCACGCUCAAUCUGGAAAAUCGAAACUUACUUGUAAAAUAUGCCUGAAAAAUCAACAUGCUGUAAGAAAAUGUAAUAAAUUUUUAAAAAUGAGUGUUACCGAUCGUAGUCAGGUUAUAAAUAAAUUAGGUUUGUGUCGACACUGUCUAGGGUAUAGUCACACAUCAGAUAGUUGUCCAAGUGGUCGUAGGUGUUUUCAUUGCCAACAACAACAUCACACUUUACUGCAUGUAAAUAAUACUUCUUUCCAGCCUAGUCAACAACCUUCGAAUUGGCAGCAACAUGCUAACAACUCUCAGCCGCUACAACAUCAGGUAAUAAACAACAACCCGCCAAAUCAGGUGCAGCAAAAUACCCAAAGUACAAGUUUGAAUGCAGAAGCUCCUUCGUUCCAAAGUUCAAGUAAGCAACCGUCGACAUCCAGCAACAUAGUAUCUCAUCAUUCUCAUCACAGUAGUAAAACAAAAAACUCUCAAGUCUUACUGGCAACAGCCCUUGUGAAAGUGAAGUCUUCGUUAGGUGAAUGGUUGACGAUGCGAGCAUUGUUGGAUUCUGGUUCUGAGGCGUCGUUUAUCACAGAGUAUGCUGCCCAAUUGCUACAGCUUAAAUCUCAAGCAACUCAAAUGGGGGUUUCCGGGUUGGGUUUAGUCAGCAGUGGCAAAUCUCUUAAAAUGGUGGAUAUCACUUUUGCUUCACACCAUUCCACUUUUGCAACAACAGUGCAGGCUUAUGUCUUAAAGUCACUGACUGGCCAUUUGCCGGCCCGGACCCUUCACGUUGAGAAUUGGACCCAUCUCAACGAUUAUGUGCUAGCUGAUCCUGAAUUUUUCAAAUCAUCCAAAAUUGAUAUUUUGCUUGGCAGUGAUGUCUUAGCCGAACUUUUGUUGCCGGAGCUCAUCCCACCAACAGACAAGUUGAUGCCAGUCAUGCAAAAUACAACACUGGGAUGGAUCUUAUUCGGAAAGGCUCCAAUUGUAUCUGAAUCAAGUCAACAAGUCAGAAGUUUUUUGCAAAUUUUACAAACAGACCUUCGAAUAUUCUGGGAAUUGGAAGAAGCACCGUUCAAGCCAUACUUAAAAGCCGAAGAUGUUGAAUGUGAAAAUCAUUUUAUCAACAAUGUUCAACGGACAGUUGAUGGACGCUAUCAAGUGGCAUUACCGUUCAAAGGAAAUGUUCAUCCUGUUCUUGGCGAUUCGUAUCAAAGUGCUUUACGGCGAUUCUAUGGACUUGAGAGGCGUCUUGAUGCAAAUCAACAAUUUCGAGACCAGUAUUCAGAGUGCAUCGAAGAAUAUAUUCAAAUGGGUCACAUGAGCGAAGUCGACAAGAACAGCUUACCAGAAAAUCAGCAUUAUUUCCUGCCGCAUCAUGCUGUCAUCAAAGAAAGCAGUUCAACCACGAAAUUAAGGGUGGUGUUUGACGCAUCCGCUAAAACAUCAAAUGGAAUUUCUUUGAACGAUGCUAUGUUGGUAGGUCCAGCACUUCAACAAAAUAUCUGCGACAUAAUUCUUAGGUGGAGGUUGUAUAAAUACACUUUUAUAGCUGACAUUGAGAAAAUGUAUCGUCAGAUCUUGAUAGCAGAGCAGGACAAAAAUUAUCAGCUGGUUCUAUGGAGAAAAAAUACUGAUGAACCUAUUAAAGUUUACAGGCUUAAUACGGUUACCUUUGGUACAGCCGCCGCUCCAUAUCUUGCGAUCCGAACUUUACAAAAGCUAGCAGAUGAUAAUUCGACAAAUCAAAUUACAUCCUCUAUGAUCCUUAACGAGAUGUAUGUAGACGAUUUAAUAUCUGGAGGAAACACAGUUGCAGAAGCUAAAGAGAAAAUAAAACAAAUAAAAUCAACGUUAGAGACAGCUGGAUUUAACUUACGUAAAUGGACUUCCAACUCUGAUGAGGUACUAUCGAGCAUUCCAACAGGAGAACGGGAAUCUUCAUUCUCAAUGCCUCCAGAAGAUUCGGAACGAGUUAAAACGCUCGGUGUCCACUGGCUUCCUUCCGUUGAUAAAUUUUCUUUCUGCUACAAUCCGCUUCCAAACCCACAGCCGACAAAACGAUUCAUUCUAUCAACGAUAGCACGACUUUUUGAUCCCAUGGGUUGGAUUGCUCCAUGCAUUGUAAAGGCGAAAAUGUUUAUGCAACAACAACUGUGGGCGAAGAAGUUGUCAUGGGAUGAACAAAUCGAAUCGUCACUUCUGGAACAAUGGAAUGUUUUCUACAAUGACUUGAUAGCUAUUAACAAGAUCCAGUUUCCAAGGUGGGUAGAAACCAUCGGUGAUUUAUCUCGAGUCGAGUUACAUGGUUUCAGUGACGCUUCAGAAAAAGCAUACGGAGCAGCAGUGUACUUGAGAGUCGAAGACGAUAAAGGCCAGGCGAAAAUGCAUCUUCUCAUUGCAAAAUCCAGAGUUGCACCUGUGCAACCAGUUAGUCUUCCUCGUUUGGAACUUUGCGGUGCUGUGAUGUUAGCCCAGUUGUUAGACUAUGCAACUCAAGUUUUAGGCAACAAAAAUAUCAAGCAAUUUGCAUGGACUGACUCAACCAUUACUCUCUCGUGGAUUCGAGCAUCACCAACCAAGUGGGAGACAUUUGUAAGAAACAGAGUUGGAGAAAUACAGCGGUUGACCCCAAUCAAAAUAUGGAAACAUAUUCCAACACAACAUAAUCCCGCAGACUUGGUUUCAAGAGGUGUUUUGCCAUCGGAUUUACUUGAAAAUACAUUAUGGUGGAACGGGCCAGACUUUUUAUGCGAUGCCUGGGUUUUUCAGUAUCCUACACAACCAUUAAUAAGAGUUCAUCAAGCCGAUCGAAUUUUUCCUCCGAUCAACGAACUAAUGCAUAGAUCUUCUGAAAUCAAUAAAUUAAUUCGAAUUACUGGUUUGAUUUUACGUUUCACUAAUAAUUCGAAAAAUUACAUACCCAACUGGAAAAUCGGACCGAUUUCCCCGAGUGAACUCGACGAUGCAGCCAAAAUAUUGGUGAAAAUAGCUCAACUCGAAAUGUUUCCUAAAGGAAUUAUGAAAUCUAGAGGCAUUGCAUCUCUAAAUCCCUUCGUAGAUCCUGACGGUAUCAUUCGUGUUGGUGGAAUCAUGAAGAAUGCUAACCUGCAUUAUGAUCAACAGCAUCCAAUAAUUCUUGCUCCAAAUCAUCAUUUUACAAAAUUGAUUCUGCAUGAAGCUCAUGAAAAAACGCUCCACGGAGGCAUUCAAUUGAUGAUGGGUUAUCUUCGGAAAAAAUAUUGGAUUUUUCAAACUAAACGAAUUGUUAAACAAUACAUUCAUAAAUGCACUAUUUGUUAUCGGUUCAGAACUAAGCCAGCUUAUCAACUCAUGGGAGAAUUACCAUCGCCUAGAGUCAAUGUAUCCAGACCAUUUUCACAUACCGGGGUUGACUAUGCCGGGCCUAUUAGUAUCCGGGCUUGGAAAGGCCGUGGAGCAAAAACUUAUAAAGGCUAUCUAGCCAUUUUCGUUUGUCUGGCGACUAAAGCCAUUCAUCUGGAAGCAGUGAGUGACCUCACUACUCAAGCUUUUCUAGCCGCUUUUCGACGUUUUACUUCACGUCGAGGUGUCUGUGGACAGAUCUAUAGUGAUUGCGGCACAAACUUUAAAGGAGCUGAGUCAGAGUUGUAUCGUCUUUUAAAAGACGCCACUCAUGACUGGAAAAAUGUUGCUGAAGCUUUAUCGUCACAAGGAACCAAGUGGAAUUUCAUUCCUCCUGCUUCUCCCCACUUUGGAGGGUUAUGGGAAGCCGGUGUGAAGAGUGUCAAACACCACUUCAAAAGAGUUGUUGGAAAUGGGACACUCACUUUCGAGGAGCUCACCACGCUUCUGACUCAAAUCGAAGCGUGUUUAAAUUCGAGGCCUCUUUGUCCUUUAACCGAAAAUCCUGAUAACUUUCAUGCUUUGACUCCAGCACAUUUUUUAAUUGGAGCUGAAAUGUACUCCGUGCCAGAACCUGACCUUACGAUCGGUAAGACGAGUUAUACUGACCGGUGGAAGGCAAUCCAAUUCAGUCUACAAACUUUUUGGCAUCACUGGCAAUCAGAAUAUUUGGCCAGAUUACAACAACGACCUAAAUGGCUCAAAUCGCAACCUCAACUUAAAAUUGGAGAUCUGGUUUUGAUAAAAGAUGAGAGACUUCCCCCUACGAAAUGGAACCUAGGUAGAAUUCUAGAAACCUUCCCAGGUAAAGAUGACAUCACCAGAGUUGUCAACCUGAAAACACAACAAGGCGAAUUUAAAAGACCGGUAACAAAGCUAUGUCCACUACCAAUUAAUGAGAAUCAACAUAAUUUAUCAAAUCAAAUCUAA